AUGACCGAUCCUCAAGUACUACCUCUUGCGCCUAGGCCGCCUCUUAGAAAAGCUGAAGUUUGUUACGGAGCCACUUUUUUCAACAUCUCUUCUUACGGAAUUUUCGAAGAAUAUGAAACUCCGGGUGUCAUCUUCGAACAUGCAUUGCCUCUCCUUGAGAUACAAAUCAUUCUCAUCUUCGUUUCCAUCGUCUUAUGUCAUAUGUUCCUCAGACGUAUUGGCAUACCACAGUUCGUGUCGCACAUGCUUGCCGGUUUCAUUUUGGGACCUCAGCUAUUUGAUCUGGUGGAGUUUUCAUCAGACAGGUUAUCGUUAGACGUCCCCGGAGACGUCGCGUUGGAAGGUGUGGCCAGGUUUGGGUUGGUAAUGUUCACGUUCUUGAUGGGCGUGAAGACCAACAAGAAAGCCGCAUUUCAAACCGAUAGACGGACGAUCAUUAUAGCGGUUUCAACCUUUCUCGUAACUAUGAUCAGCGGAUUAGCCUUCAGAAACUUCCGUCUCGACAAGGUUGACCCUCUUUAUAUGCCUCUGAGGCUGGCUCCAACAGAACGUACCGUGAUUGCUGCGGUUCAAGCAUUAACGCUGUUACCGGUUAUAACACACCUCGUAUAUGAGCUCAAAAUUCCAAACUCGGAGCUCGGCCGCAUCGCCAUAUCUAUCGCCGCCAUCAACGAUCUCCUUGGAUUUACCACUCUGAUAUGCGUCUCCUAUGUAGGAACAUACAGGUACGUAUCGCCCAGCAUUGCCAACCGUGAUAUGGUAGCAAUGAUCAUCUUAGUCCUUGUGAUCCUAUUCAUUGUCAAGCCUAUGGCACAACGAAUAGUUGAUAUUACCCCAGAAGGCAAGCCCGUACCGAGAAUAUACUUAUACGCAACAAUCAUGACAGCAAUCGCCGCGAGUAUUUACUCAGAAUUUUUCAACCAAAUCCAUGUUCUAGGAGCUUUUUUGGUUGGGAUGGCGAUCCCAGAUGGUCCGCCUUUGGGAUCUGCAUUAGAGGACAAGUUCGAGAGCUUGGUUACAAACAUAUUUUUCCCUAUUUCAAUCGCAGUUAUGACGAUGAAAGGUGACGUUCUAAGGGCAUUAUAUUCGUUCGAUGACAUUUCCUUUAACAUAGUUCUUGUGAUUCUUACAUCGGUCGUAAAAUGGACGGCCACGUUUGUACCUUGCAUGAUCUGCAAGUUACCUAUGAAAGAAUCUGUUAUCAUUGCCACUAUAAUGAACUAUAAGGGUUUUGUCGACUUAUGCUUCCUCGAUGGCGCUGUAAAAAAGAAGAAUUUAACGCAAGCAACGUACACUUUCAUGAUGAUUUACGUGCUCUUGAAUGCGGGAAUUUUACCUACGAUUGUGAAGGCACUAUAUGAUCCAAAGAGGAAAUAUAUUGGAUACGUCAAGAGAGACAUUAUGCAUCUGAAGUCGAACUCAGAUCUCAAGAUUCUAACUUGUUUGCACAAACCUGACAAUAUCUCAGGCGCGAUCUCGUUGCUUAAAUUGAUUUCUUUGCCGCUAAACAACGAGAACAAAGACAGAAGAGUCAUUGCUGUCACGACGUUAUACCUAGUAAAACUCGCCGGACGUAUGUUUCCAAUCUUGAUACCGCACGACAAGCGGUCUAAAGCACGAUCGCUUCAAAACUCUUACAUCCAAACAAUGAUGCUCGCGUUCAACGAGUUUCAACAAGAGAAUUGGGAAUCUUUGACUAUUAAUUCUUUCACAGCUUACUCUCAUGAGGAUCUUAUGGAUCAAGACAUUUGCAAUCUUGCUUUAGACCAACUCACAUCGAUGAUCAUUGUCCCUUCUGGACGAAGAUGGUCACCAGAUGGAUCAUAUGAAUCAGAAGAUAUUAUGAUCAGACGUGUGAAUGCUUCUCUCCUCGACCGAGCUCCAUGUUCUAUCGGUGUACUCAAUUACCGAGGAUAUCAUAAAGGUAAGAAAAGGACUAAUAGUACCAUUAACGUCGGUGUAAUCUUCAUUGGUGGUAAAGAUGAUCGUGAGGCGCUCUCGCUUGUGAAAUGGAUGAGACAGAAUCCGAGAGUAUGUCUCACCGUGACCCGAUUUUUAUCUGGUCAAGAACCAAAUAAGUCCAAGAAUUGGGACUACCUCAUUGAUGAUGAGGUCUUGAAUGAUUUGAAAGCAACAUACUCCACCGUCGAAAAUUUUUCGUAUGUAGAGAAGAUAGUCACUGGUGGACCCGCGGUAGCCACCACCGUUAGAUUGGUGGCGAAAGAUAAUGAUUUGGUGAUUGUAGGGAGAGGUCAUGACGAUGAGUCAAUGGAUUUCACGGGAUUGGCAGAGUGGAUGGAGCUUCCAGAAUUAGGAGUCAUCGGAGAUUUGCUUGCAUCAAAAGAAUUAAGAAGUAGGGUUUCUGUUUUAGUAGUACAACAACAACAAAAACAUGAAUGA